CAGAAAAGAUGUUGGACACCUUAGAAAAGAUGUUGGACAGCCAGAAAAGAUGUUGGACACCUUACAAAAGAUGUUGGACACCCCAGAAAAGAUGUUGGACAGCAAGAAAAGAUGUUGGACACCUUAGAAAAGAUGUUGGACACCUCAGAAAAGAUGUUGGACACCUCAGCAAAGAUGUUGGACAGCUCAGAAAAGAUGUUGGACAGCAAAAAAGAUGUUGGACACUUUAGAAAAGAUGUUGGACAGCCAGAAAAGAUGUUGGACACCUCAGAAAAGAUGUUGGACA